AUGAUCAGCUGGGGCGAUCUUUACACCGUUUUAAUGGUAGUGAUUCCACUAUACGUGGCUAUGAACAUAGCGUACGGUUCCGUCCGUUGGUGGAAGAUAUUCUCUCCUGACGAGUGCUCGGGAAUCAAUCGGUUCGUCACCAUAUUUGCAGUUCCUCUCCUGUCUUUCCAUUUCAUUUCGACCAACGACCCUUAUGCCAUGAACGUCAAGUUCAUCGCCGCCGACACCCUGCAGAAACUUAUCAUGUUGUUUGCCCUUGGGUUGUGGGCUAAUUUUACUACGAAUGGGAGCCUGGAAUGGAUGAUUACCAUAUUCUCUUUAUCCACUCUUCCAAACACCCUCGUCAUGGGCAUUCCGCUGUUAAUCGCUAUGUACGGCGAGUACUCCGGAAUGCUAAUGGUUCAAGUCGUGGUUCUGCAGUGUAUUAUUUGGUAUACUCUUCUACUUUUUCUGUUCGAGUACCAUGGGGACAAAAUGCUCAUCAUGGAGCAGUUCCCCGAAAUGGCGGCUUCCAUAGUUUCAUUUAAAGUUGAUUCCGAUGUGGUUUCGCUUGACGAAUGUGAUUUUCUCUAA